AUGGAGACUACUCUAUCGGACCAAGAAACCCGCUUUGUGCUGGGGGAGAUGAUCAAAGCCAGCUCGGUCGAUGUGCCAGUCCUGGCCGAGUUCAUCAAAGCACACAGUGUAGAGCAGAACUGGAUGUUUAUGCAACUACCCAUUGGCCGCAAUAUGUAUCAGUGUAUGGGCGCGGUGGAGAAGAUCCUCCCGGUCCAUUUUCCCCAACCCCCGAAUCUGUCGACAUUGAAGCGCAAGUCUAUAGGCGAACAAAGCGACCAGCCGUUGAAGAGACAGGCUAUUAUCACGCCUACCGAGCCAAAUUAUCCACCACGCAAUAUUCAACCUCGUCCGCCUGCAAAUGGCUACGCAGCUGUUCCGGUCAGCAGCCCGUCUGUGACGAGCACCGGCAAGAAACGCGGGCGGCCUUCGAAAGCAGACAAAGAAGCCCAGGCGCGUGCAAACUAUGCGAGGUCCACGGAAUACGCUCCCAUCACUCCGGCACCGUUAGCUCCAGCAGUAUUCGCGCCACAGAGAGAGUAUGCCUCCUCGCCGGGAUACGAGAUCGUGACCAACCCACUGGACGCAAAGGGCAAGAGACGGAGCCAGUUUGGCGGCAACGAGAUGUCACCUACAAGCGGUGGUUACCCACUAGCUUCACCGGCGUCCACUACCGAGACCCCUCGAGCGCUCCCGGAGCCGAUGGAGCAGUUGAGACAAACACAGUCACCAAGGGACCGUGGAGGCCAACCUAUCGACUCCAAGUCUUCGACGACUCGGGAAUCCAUGAAAUAUCCUUCUCAGGCCCAAGGACAGUCUCCGCCGCAGCCGAACACGUUACCGCCGAUACAGCAAGCGCCACACCCUACGCCAGAAUCGAGAGGACCUGAUACUCUGAGAGUGAUCGACCCUAUAUUCCCGGAUCGAGAUAGGUCGAGGAGUGCCUUUGACCCAGUAGCAAGGUCAACGCCUCCCGCACCACCAGCAGUCAUCAACCGGAGCUAG